AUGUAAUCACUUUCAGAAUCAAAAAAGAGGAUUCACGAAUAAUCAUAUGCAUAGAAAGUUUCUCAUCCUAUAAGUCCUAAUAAUUCUCAUAUAAAAUUAAAUGAAUCUCUAUUCAAUGCUAAAAUAGUAGCAAAACAAUCUUGUUCUUUAAUUAAAGAUGUUCAUAAAGAUGUACAAUUAACAAUUAAAAAAUAUGAUGAAUUCUUAAAAGUAACUCAAACACCUAAAAAAAUAUCUGAUUCAAUAACAAGUUCUCCAUCCAUAAUGAAACCACCUUAAAUUGAAGAAACAUAAGAAUAAAAAGAAGAUGAUUAAGGAUUACUAAGUCAAUACUAAAGAUAUACAAGUUCUCAAGAAUUAAGAAGACAAUCUCUACCAUUAGAACGAUCUGAAUUGAGAUUAUCAAGUUUUAACGUUAAAUAAGAACUCUUUCCAGUAGAAGACAUUAGUCCAAUCAAAUAAUAAAAUAACAGUAAUUUUGUAUUUCGAAGAAACUACUCUUAAUUAUUUACAUCGCCUCCUCCUAAUUAAUCUUAAUAGUCAAUAAUUUCAGACAAUUAUGGGAGUUAUGCUAAAAUUCAUAUGCGAAAAUGUCCAACUGCUCCAAAAAUUGAGGUAAAACAAUAAGAGAAAUCAAAAACGCCUCCUGAUAUUGCAAAAAGAAAUCAUGAAUGGAAAUAAAGACUUUAAGAAAAAAUAAACUUUGAACAAAAGAGAAAGAGUGAAAUAUAAAUGAAAGAUUGUACAUUUAGGCCUAAGUUAAAUGAAACAAAAUCAAAUGAUAAAGUAAUAAAAACAAAAGUUACACAAAAAAAUAAGAAAAGGGUCAAUAACUGUUAAAAUCAUGACCUUAAAGAAAUUAUGCAUAUAAUUGCAGAUCUAAAUCUAUUUAGUAAAUAAAUAAAAAAGAGACUAUGA